AUGAUGUGGGUUCUAUUAGGUAUAAUCACAGUAAUAUAUUUAACAUAUCAAACAUUCAAUAGUAUACUACCUAAUUAUUUUUUAGUACCACCAAGGAAUUGGAAAGAUAAAUUAUUAAAAGUUAUAAAUUAUAAUAAACCAAUAUAUUUAAAAAUAGGUUAUAAAAGAUCAAGUUAUAGAAGAAGAUUACUAUUAGCAAGUGAAAAUCCAUCAUUUUAUACAAAUUAUAUAAAUAAUAAAUUAAAAAUUAAUCCAAAAGAUAUACAAAAUAAGAAUAAAUUUAUGGAAGAAACUAGGAGAAGAGAUGUUGAUGAUCCCAAAAGAAGAAUUUUAUAUGGAUUUUAUCAUCCUUAUGCUAAUAAUGGAGGUGGUGGUGAAAGAGUAUUAUGGGAAGCUGUUAAAUCAACAUUAAAUGCAGAUUCUAAAAAUAUAUGUGCAAUAUAUACAUCAAAUUUAGAUGCAGAACCUUUAGAAAUACUAAAUAAAGUUGAAAAUAAAUUUCAUAUUAAAGGUAUGGAUCAUUCAAGAAUUGUAUUUAUAUAUUUAAGAAAAUUUAAUAAAUUAAUUGAUAGUUCCUAUUGGAAACAUUUUACUAUUAUUGGACAAUUAAUUGGACAAAUUUUAUCAAGUUUAGAAGCAUGUUUUGAAUUAUCACCAGAUGUUUGGGUAGAUACUAUGGGAUUACCUGGUAGUUAUUUUAUUGCUUCUAUUGUUUUAAAAAUACCUAUAAUUGCUUAUGUUCAUUAUCCAAUUUUACAAGAAGAUAUGUUUAAUAAAUUAAAAUAUAAUAAAUUAUCAGAUAUUUGGAAAUUGAAAAAUGUAAUUGAUUUAAAAAAUUAUAUUAAAUUUAUUUAUUGGUCAAUUUUGUAUUAUAUUUAUGUAUAUUUAGGAUCUUAUGUUGAUUUAACUUUAGCUAAUGGAACUUGGACUUUUAAUCAUAUGAAAAAAAUUUGGAUUUAUAAUCAACCAUUAGGUAAGCAUAUUACAACUUUAUAUCCACCAUGUGGUACUGAGAAUUUGGUUAAAGAAGAAACAACUAACAAAGAAAGAGAAAAUAAAUUGUUAUACUUGGCUCAAUUUCGUCCUGAAAAACGUCACAUUUUAAUACUUAAAGAGUAUCAACAAUUCUUAGUAAACAAUUAUCCAGGUAUUGCUAAACCAACUCCAGAAAUUCCAACUUUAGUAUUUGCAGGUUCAUGUAGAACAAAAGAUGAUACAGCAACAUUAGAAUUUUUACAACAAGAAACUCAAUUAUUGAAAUUAACGAACUUUGUUGAAUUCAAAGUUGAUAUAUCAUACAAAGAAGUUAUUGAAUUAUUAUCAGUUUGUAAAUUUGGACUUAAUGCAAUGUGGAAUGAACAUUUUGGAAUUGGAGUAGUUGAAUAUAUUGCAAGAGGUUGUAUUCCAAUAGUUCAUGCAUCAGCUGGUCCUUAUUUGGACAUUGUUAAAAAUGAAGAUGAUGAACCAAAACAAGAUUGGCAUAAUUCAAUAGGGUUUUUUUUCAAAUCUUUUGCUGACCCUGAUUUUAAUCCUUCCGAACAACUAGUUGAACUGAAUGAAAAUAAAUUUUUAUUAUUUGAAUUUAAUGGUGAAAUUUUAGAAUUUCCAACUUUAGAACAAUUAUUAACUAUAAUUUUUAUAAAAGAUAAAGAAUUAAUAAGUCAUGCUAGAUUAAAUAAAAUGAGACAUAUUGGUAAAGAAAUUGUUAUUGAUAAAUUUUCAAAUGAAAUAUUUGAUAAACAAUGGAUUGGAUAUAUAAAAGAAAUUGAUAGUUUGGAGAAAAAAUAUAGAGAUGAAAGAAGAGGUAAAUUAGAAAAAGUCUAUUAG